UGUGUGUGUGUGUGUGCAGACCCACACCUCCACACUGCUGGUGCUUCUCCUCUUCUUCUUACUCUCCCUCUCUCUCUCUCUCUCCCUCUCUCUCUCUCGGUCUCAGCAGCGGUUUACCACCUCAAACUUCUUCUUUUUUUCAACAUGACGACGACAACUUUUACGCGGAGACCAUCCGGACACUAGCUGCGAAGAGCUGAGCUGCAAAGUUCGUUUUUGGGGAGUAAUGUCUUUUUUUAAUAUUGUUCAUAAGACGAGGAGUCAUAGUUUAAAUCUAACGUCUGUUUAGAAAGUCUAGAAUAUCAACCUUUUUGUGCGUAAUCGCUCGUUUUUCCUUUGUGAACGUUCAGGACCAAACAUCUGUUCCAGGACUCGUUCUCUCAGUCUAAGAGUUAAAGUUUCGUUCGCAGUUUUCCUAACUUUCCUCCAUACAUGAGUUCAGACCUACCGUCACUGGCCAAACCCUCCGCACCGUGCGUCUUUGGUAAUUGGAGACCUCACUGUGCCAUCCACUUUACGCGCGCUCUCCCCCGCAGCAGCGAUGCAGCACGAGCGGCUGCUCAAGGUCCUGGUAAUCGGUGACCUCGGGGUCGGCAAAACGUCCAUCAUCAAGCGCUACGUGCACCAGGUCUUCUCCCAGCACUACCGAGCCACCAUCGGCGUGGACUUCGCCCUCAAGGUGCUCAACUGGGACCACAAGUCGGUGCUGCGGCUGCAGCUGUGGGACAUUGCCGGGCAGGAACGCUACGGCAACAUGACCCGCGUGUACUACCGCGAGGCCGUGGGCGCGCUGGUCGUCUUCGACAUGACCCGACUGUCCACGUUCCAGGCCGUCCUCAAGUGGAAAGGAGACCUGGACUCCAAGGUCGCGAUGGGCAAUGGGCGGCCGGUUCCAGCCGUUCUAUUGGCCAACAAGAGUGACCAGCGGCGCCAAGGCCUCUGCCCCAAGCUGCCCAAACUGGAGAACUUCUCCAGAGAGUACGGGUUCGUCGGCUGGUUUGAAACGUCUGCGAAGGACAACAGCAACAUCGACGCCGCCAUCACGUGUCUGGUGAAGAGCAUCAUGUCAGUGGAGGAGGAGCGAGUCACCAGCGAAGCCACCAGCGCCACCACCAGGAGCGACGCCAUGGACAGCGUGGUGCUGCCUCACUUCGACUACAACCAGAAGGAGAAGGGGCUGAGCGGAUGCUCCGGCUGCUCUUCGUCCAAAUCCAGAGACAACGACUGACGGAGCGAGCGAGGAGACAGGAAGGAGACGGAGACAGGAAGGAGACGGAGACAGGAAGGAGACGGAGACAGGAAACCACUGCUGAAAUAUUCAUGUGUUCUAACUUGGAGCCGUCUCCUCUUCCUUUGCUUCCACAAAUUUUAUUUUUGUAACAGAAAUUAAGUUAAAAAAAAUGUAUCCCAUCAUUUCCACUCAAAAAGGUCCUUUAUUUUGAAAAAGCCAUGGUGACGAUGUUUCAUUUAAAAACACUUUUUGGACGUGAACUCUGGAAAAUGUCCAGAAUAUUGGGUCUGGAUAUUUUCUGGAGUUAUUGUUUCUCAUGUGAAGCGGCAGCAGGAGAUUGUCCGGGUCAGACUCGUAACACCAAAAGAUCUGGAUUCUCCUCGUCUGUCCAAGUGGACGUCUUCGUCUUCUACUUGUACGGCUCCUCUUCUUCAUCCUGAGAUAUCAGGAUUCUUCUGGUUUUACAUGAUCAUGAUGGGAUUGGGUGGUUUCACCUCCUGGCAGGAUACAAUCACGUUCUUCAAUGGGAAACAACUUAAUUAAAACAAGUUGAAGAAAUACAAUUAACUUGAAUUUGAAAAAACUCAACUCUUAUGUGUGUUCCCCAUUGAGGACAUUUUUUAAAGUUGGUCCAACAAUUGUCUUUUUCACAGUGUAGGCCUGCGCUCUAUCAGAUUUUCAUCUAUUCUUCCGGCAGCGAUCUGGAGAGGAGUCAAAGGUUCAGGUCAAAGGUCAACGCAUUAGAGCAUUCAGUGUACGCCCCUGCAUUCCCUCAGGAGUCCACACAGGGGCGCCGCAACGCACCAGACACAUGAGGAGAUCCACGUGAAAAUAUGUCGGGUCCGUUUAUUCCACACAAUAAAAAUGUGUUCAUCAUA